AUGCGCCAGACGUACCAGACCGGCGGCCCUGGUGCGGGCCUGAAGCGGCGCGUCGCGGCGGCUGGCCUGCCCGACAUCCCCGUCGGCGCGGGCUUCGACCCCGACGGCGUCUUCAAGUCGGCGCCGCCGCCCGCGGAGGGCCUCCUAGAGCGCCAGGGGCGGCGGGCGCGCGAGCGGCGCCUUGGUCCGAUAAAGCCGCUGCCUGCGGGGUUCGACGCGACGGAGGGCGCCUCGCCCGCGGACGAGGGGUUCCCCAGGGAGGAGUUCGAGGCGCUGCUGGCGUCGAAAUUCAUGCCAGUCGACCUGGACCUGCCAGGAAUCCGUGUACACCACCUCGACCCCGCGAUCAUCACUUGGAGCGAGUUUUUGUCGGACUCAGAGUGCGAGGCGGUCAUCCGGGACGCCGAGGAGUCGAACACGCUCGAGAGGUCCCUCAUCGGCGCCGCGAUCUUCGGCACGGACUCGAAUGCCAAGCACCCGGCGCUGCAGACGCACAAGGACCUCAUCCACCGGCGCUCGCGCGAGCUCCUCCCGGGCGGCGGCACCUGGGCCGCCCCCGGGAGACUCCCCCCCCCCGGCAAAUACUGCUUCGAGCUGUUACAAGUCACGCGAUACGAAAAGGGCCAGCAAUUCAUGGCGCACGAGGACGGGUUCCCGCAGGAGACGAUGGCGCAGAACGGCUUCCAGCGCCGCGCGACCGUCCUGGCGUACCUGAACGACGUCCCGUCUGACGCCGGCGGCGCGACGCACUUCCACGAGCUCGGCGUCGCGCUGCGGCCGGCGCGCGGGACGUGCGCGGUGUUCUUCCCGGCGCUGGCCGAGUCCGGGUACAACGACGAGCGCACGCUGCACGCGGCGGAGCCCGUGACGGCGGGAUCGAAGUGGGUGGCGCAACAGUGGGUGGCGUGGGCGCCAGGCGUGCCCGCUGCGGCGCAGGGCGCGCGCGGAGGGCAGGCGGACGGCGAGGCCGACGCGGCGCUCGAGGCUCUCUUCGGAGCGAAUUCCGCGAACGUCAGGGCGGAGAUGGCGGGCGGGGCCGCGCAGAGUGCUGCGGGCGGCGCGGGCGCGCCUCCGGCGGCGCGACCGGCCCGGGAGGCCCCGGCAGGCACCCUCGAUCGGUUGGCAGGGGAUCUGAGCUCCCAGUCGGAUGCCGGAUUCCAGAAGGCUCUGGAGAAGUCGAUGAAGGCCCGGGAGGGUAGGAAGGCGCGCAAGGGGGGCGCUAAGGGCAAGAAAAGCGCGGGGGGCAAGAAGGGCUUCGGGUGA